CCGCCGAUCACCUGAGCGAGUAGCAACUGUCAAAUUUUAUCAGGCUCACAAGUCUUUCCGGAAUCAGCUGAUCCCUCAAAGCUCGUAAUAUCCUGAAAAUCAGUGUUAAAUCAGUGAUCCUUGAAUAUUCUCUCCAGGAUGACACCCCCCAGGUGUCCUCCAUCCUUUCAAUUCUCCAUAUAACCUAAAACCCUGGUAACAGCCGAAAACAAUGAACCACUGAGGUAGGCUGUCGAUACCUCUGCGUCAAGAUGAAGGUUUUCAAGCUGAUCGUUCAUCAGAAGAACUUCAGCGAUGCAGACUUGAUAAUAAACCCAAAGGACUGCCCCUGGAUAAAACCCGGGGAUGUUGUGGAGAUUUAUCACCCAGAGGACGAGUUUAGUCGCCUCUUGCUGCAGGUGACAGUUAUCAAAGAGGAUCUUCAGGGAAGAGAGACAAUAAGUGUUGAGAACAACAUUGCCACGAUGUUCCAACUGAGGACUUUUGCUGACGUCUACAUGAACAUCGUGAACCCUGAGGAUGUCGCCCUGGAUUCCAUAGAAUUAACCUUCAAGGAUCAGUACAUGGGAAGGAGUGAAAUGUGGAGGUUGAAGAAUUCUCUGGUGAACACCUGCGUUUAUAUGAAUAAAAAAAUUGAAUUCUGUCAAUCGAGCAUCAGAUGUCAGGUGUACGAGAUGUGGUCGCAGGGGGACAGAGUGGCCUGUGGAGUUAUCAAUGAUGAUACGAAGGUCGUUUUCAGGUCAUCUACCAGCAUGGUUUACCUGUUUAUUCAGAUGAGCUGUGAGAUGUGGGACUUUGAUAUCCACGGGGAUCUCUACUUCGAAAAAGCUGUCAAUGGAUUUUUGGCUGAUCUUUUUCAAAAGUGGAGGAAAAAUGGCAGCAAUCCUGAGGUUACUAUUGUCCUCUUCUCGAGGACUUUCUACAACGCUAAUACUCUCGAGGAGUUUCCCAAUGAUAUGAGAAAAUGCCUCCAGCAGGAUUACAGGGGACGAUUUUACGAGGAUUUUUACAGAGUUGCUGUGCAGAAUGAGAGGUACGAGGACUGGAGUAAUGUACUCGUGCAGUUACGUAAAUUAUUUACAGAUUAUCAAAAAAUUGUUCUGGAGUAUCACCAGAAGGAGGGAAUCUCGGUGCCAGAGGCCACCAACUCAACAGCUGCGCAGGGCAAUUUUUUGGAGGUGCUCAAUAUGUCGCUUAAUGUUUUUGAGAAGCAUUAUCUGGACAGGAGUUUUGACAGAACUGGACAGCUAUCAGUGGUGAUAACACCUGGGGUGGGUGUCUUCGAAGUGGAUAGAGAACUUACGAAUGUCACCAAACAGAGGAUCAUAGACAACGGAGUUGGAAGUGAUCUAGUCUGUGUGGGGGAACAGCCUCUCCACGCUGUUCCUCUCCUGAAAUUCCACAAUAAAGACACGUCUGUCAAGGUUCCUGACGAUUACAGCAUGCCUCAUUGGAUAAAUCUUAGUUUUUACUCUACCAAUAAGAAAAUUCCGUACUCCACGUUCAUACCGAGAAUCAAACUCCCACAGAAGGUGUACAAACAGCCUGUGGAGAAUGGCAAACUCAUCUGCAAGGGAAAACUUAUUCAGGAAGACCCCAGGGAUUGUCUUCAUAAUACUCUGUUUGAUUAUGACGCCUACGAUGCACAGGUCUUUCAGCUCCCCACAAUUCACACCUCCAAGGUCUCCACGAGGAUGAAGAAGACGAGUGUCACUUGUAUCGAAACCCACAACAAUGGACACCUGUUGAAGCUUCUUAAGAGGAAAAUGUCAGAUCCUGAUAUCCAUCAUCUCACCAGUGAGGUUCACUCCCCGGCGGCCAGUAGAAGUGCUGCCAUAUCCAUACCCUACAGGAGUGACGAACCCAGGGAGACCAAUGGCGAGGUCAAGACUUCUUUGAAGAAUGAAUUCCCUGAAUCGGAGAUAUCACCACCCUUCAGGCCCAUCGUGGGCAGCGCUGGUAGUCCCAAUAAUUCCGUUAUUCCACCUGCUAGUCUACACAGGCCUGGAAGGGCUCUCAUCAAUCCUUUUGAUCCUUCUCAUGUUACUAUCAAAUUAACGAGCAAUCGCAGAAGGUGGACACACAUUUUUCCGAAAGGACCAACAGGUGUUCUAAUUCAACAGCACCACUACCAAGCAAUUCCUGCUCAAUCACGACCAGACAAGCAGACAGACUCGAGUUCAGCUGUCUCAGGAUCCCCAGUUGAGUACCUGACCUCGUCAUCACUGGCCAUCCACGGGAGUAUUUCCAGAUCAGCCUCUCAGAUCGGCUUCCAAGACCAUGCUAAAGGUAAAAAUCAACGGUGUCAAGGCCCCGGGACUGUCGAGAAAAAUGGCCACUCCGGUUUGCCAGCUGUUAAUAAGAGUUUGACCCUAUUGUGGGGUGCCACUGGUGAACAAGAGUGGACUCCAGCCCUCACCACAGCGAUCAUAGGGGUCGACUGGAAGUCGUUGACCAUUCCAGCGUGUUUACCCAUCACCACUGAUUAUUUUCCGGACAAGAGGAGUCUGCAAAAUGAUUACGUCGUUUCUGAUUAUAAUUUGCUGCCUGAUGACGUGAACGCGGAUUUCGCACAGCAAAGAGCGAUUUAUAAAAAGCCUCUGACCACUGCUGAAGUUUUUCGGGAGUUAGUCUCUCAGAGAUUGGCUCAGGGAUUUCAACUGAUAAUAUUACCAACAAACGACAAAAAUAAGUCAACGACUCCAGGUAAUCACGUGUCAAAUCACGUGAGUUCUGUGAUCCGAGGAAGGCAGACAGAAUCAGAGCCGAAAGAGGAGUACCUGCUUAGUAUAGGGAGAAUAUUUCACAAAAUAUCUCUGUAUGGCAACUGCAUCACUGUCACACGAUAUCGACCAAGGCAUCCAUAUCCACCUUUCAACAUUCAUUAUCGAUAUCGAUUUCACGCCCCACACCACGAGACGUACGAAGUGUCUUGGGUAUCCUUCACAACAGAAAAACUUGAGAAUUACAAUUGGAAUUAUCUUGACCACUACAUUUGCACUCGAGGCGAUACUGAUUUUGCCCUUGUCGAGGCCCUGAAAUACUGGAGAUUCAGGAUGUUCAUGUUGCCACUGCACAAUACAGCAACCAAAAAGAUUCUGGAGGGUUCAUCGAGAUGUGACAUAUACACGCCUUUGAGUUCCAUGGAGCAGUGCCAAUUGACCGAUGGCUUCCUGCGAUUUAUCGAGGGCUGGCUGAACAAAAUUCGUCGACCGAAUCCCAGCAAAAAUUGGAGCCCCACUGCUCUAGUCGGAUUACCUCCGAGAGAUCCUGCCUCACACCUGACCAGGCGAAGGCACAGCACGAGCCUGAUAUUCCUCACUAACCAGACAAGUCUAGUGGGAAGUUCACCGUUUAGGGAGCGCCUAGGAAGCAACCGGCUUCCAGAAAAGCCGAGACCAAGAUCAGGAUCAAAGGUGAUGGACCGAGGGAGAGUCUCUCCAGCAAGUGAAGCUGUAUUGCCCCUGGCCCUAGAGCAGCCCCAGCAGGAUCACCUCGAGAGCAACGAGGAGAACGCAAACACUGAGUGUCCGAAACUGAAGAGCACAGCCUCGACAUCAGAAAUCCUGGAAUCAAUGAAGUCCCCACAGGCAGGAGUAGGUUUUCUCACCCAACACCCGUCCCUCCCGAGUCAGACAUUCGUUUCAGCAGAUGCAGUUCAGUGGCUGAACAAUCACCUCGAGGGUGGUGUCCCAGUAAAGAAGGCCUUGAAAAUAAUGCAGAGCAUGAUAUCAGAGAAACUCAUCUGUCACGCCUCUGGUGACUUCUCUAAGCCCUUCAUCCUGGGUUUCUACCUCUAUCACAUAGUCCAGGACAAAGAGGGCCAGAAGGCACUGGACUACUCUCCCCCUCUAGGUGAUCUUCAGAGUUUCGAGAACGAGUGGGUGGAGAUCGAGAUGAAUCCCCCCACAGGGUGGUGCAGUCCUUCGAAUCCAGGGAUUACUCUGUCCACAGUUUCAUCACCAAUUCCUAUUGCCUGUAACACCAUCGACGAGAGCAAUAUACCGACAUUUCUGAGGGACGAACUGGACCCAGAACUUGAUGACAAGGACUGGAGAGGACCACCUUACAAGCACACACAUUUGGACAUCGAUCUAAACAGCAAGAGCGACAGAAUCGAGUGGGGACACCUGCGAUACCAAUCGAUAUUCAAACCUGAUCAUGCUUACGAGCUCGUAGUCCAGUGGGUGGCGUCCUCAGGAAGUAUCGUUGGUGAUCUAGUGUUCCUCUGGCAGAGAAAAGCCCAAAUGUGUGGAAUCCAAUUGGUCCCAAUCCCCAGUGAUCUGCUGGCACUGCCCUUCACCCACAAGAGCGAUCCCCUAAGGGGUCCCAUUUUUAUUCCCCUGAACACAGACUGCCUCAUGUGCAACAGGAGAUACCUCUUCGAGGAAUUCAGGGAAGACACUUAUGCCCAGAGGCUAUUCCUUUUUCAGGAGGCAAUCCUCCAAAGAUUUGGAUUUGUUCCCUGUCAAGUGGAGAGUAAUGAAAAUGAUCAUCAGUACGUCCAUCUCACAGGAAAUUCCUUCAUUCUGGUGCCAUCCACCAUGUGUCCAAGGCCCAGGCAGAGGACUGGCACCAACAUUGUUAGGAGAAAUAAUCAGAAAAGGUAUCCAGUUCAUCCAGAUCAGCCUAGUCCUCAUGAGGCUUAUAUCACCAGACACGUCAGUGGAAAAAGCACUGACUUCAGCCUGGACAGACCCAUUGGAUUUCUCUGGUCCUGGAAUCACAUGAUCAGCAGGAAGUGGAAGUCUCUGUCCACUUCGACUGGUGAUGAACUAUUUCACAAGAAGAUUAUUCAGGACUUCAAGCACUUCUGUGCGAAUCGUGACAAUCGGUUGAGCCUCUUCUGGGAGUCCUGCUGGGAGAUGAAGGAGAAAACUUGCACGAAAACUGAUGAUAAUUACGUCAAGUGAGAGUUCAGGAUAUGAGCUGGUCUUCAGUGUAAAUAGUAUUUUCUUUAUUUUUGUUGAUUCGCUUUCUGUGGAAGGUGGAAAAUUCAUAAUUAAUACAUUCUAUGAGAGGCCUAGAACAUCAGAAUUGCAAUACACUAUGCAAAGAUGAUGGGAAUGCUCGUUAAAAGAUAUUCAACAUGUUGCAGGAUAGAGUAAGCUGGUCUGAAUUGUAAAUAAUGUAUUUUUAUUUCCACAACUCCAUGAUUUGUGUAAAAAUUAGAGUUUUAUUAUGGAACCACUUGAAUCAUCAAUACAUUUUACAAACGAUUUAAA